GAAAUAGUGAAAAAUGUCAAAACCGUCCCUGGGUGAAGAUAGUCCUCCAUAUUGUUUACACCUGCAUAGGAGAAGGAGGAGGAAGAGGAAGACCAACUUAGGAGCAAUGGCCGACCAGGAACAACCACAACAACCACAACUACCACAACUACCACAAUCUGACGCCUCUGAGGACAUCGUAUUAAUGAAAUCAGAAGAACUGCCUCCUGGGACACCAACUGUACAAGAUUGCUUGCAGAGAGAGACAUUUGAAGAUAUGGAGGAUUUGAAGAUCUCGGAAUCUAUUGCAGUUAGGAACAACUGCACCAUUUUCCUAGGCUAUACCUCAAAUAUGGCUUCAUGUGGAGUGCGUGAGACCAUCAGGUUCUUGGUGCAGCAUGGACUGGUGGACUGUCUGGUGACCACAGCGGGGGGUGUUGAAGAAGACCUUAUCAAAUGCCUAGCCCCGACAUACCUGGGGGACUUCCACCUGAAGGGAUCCGAGCUGAGGGUGAAAGGGAUUAAUAGGAUUGGAAACCUUUUAGUGCCAAACAACAAUUAUUGCAAAUUUGAAGACUGGAUCAUGCCAAUAUUAGACACACUGUUGGCCGAGCAGAAGGAGGAGGGCAAGAACUGGACUCCCUCAAAGGUCAUUGCGAGGCUCGGCAAGGAGAUCAAUGACCCGACCUCCAUUGCGUACUGGGCGGCCAUUAAUAAGAUCCCAAUAUUCAGUCCGGCCUUGACUGACGGAAGCUUAGGAGAUAUGAUUUACUUCCAUGGUAUAAGAAAUCCGGGACUUGUUUUGGACAUCGCCGAGGAUCUGAGACUGAUCAACCAGCUGGCCAAGAAAUCACUCAACACUGGUAUGAUUAUUGUUGGAGGCGGACUUGUCAAACACCAUAUAUGCAACUCAAACCUAAUGCGCAAUGGAGCAAAUUUCUCCGUCUUCCUAAACACAGCAUCUGAAUUUGACGGAAGUGACAGCGGGGCUCGGCCAGACGAGGCUGUGUCCUGGGGCAAGAUAAGAUUGGAUGCUAACCCUGUCAAGAUUUAUGCAGAGGCCUCGUUAGUGUUCCCUCUGCUUGUUGGCGAGACAUUUGCCCACCAC